ACGUCCGCACCUCAACCUCAACCACACGCUACGCUACCUCCGUCUCCAUCCAACCAUCCAAGCCUCACGCACUUCUCGUUUUCUUCAUCCAUCCAUCCAUGGAGAUCAUCGACGCUGAGCUGCGGCUCGGCCCGCCGGGCAGCGGCGGCGGCGGCGACGCGCAGAAGAAACGGUCGUCGUCGACAGUGGCACUCGCGGCCACCAGCGAGGCCUCCGGGACCGACGACCACGACGCCGCGCCGGCCUCCAAGGUUCAGGUGGUUGGGUGGCCGCCGGUGGGGGCGUACCGGAAGAGCACGUUCCAGUCGGCGUCGGCGUCGGCGGCGAAGGAGAGUAAAGGCGCUGGAGAGGCCGGGAAGAGAGGGAGGCUGUACGUGAAGGUGAGCAUGGACGGGGCGCCCUACCUGCGGAAGGUGGACCUGCGGACGUACGGGGGGUACGGGGAGCUGCGGGCCGCGUUGGACGCGCUCUUCGGCUGCUUCUCCUCCUGCUCUUCGCCGGACAACGGCCAGUUCGCCAUGGCCUACGAGGACAAGGACGGCGACCUCAUGCUCGCCGGCGACGUCCCGUGGGACAUGUUCAUCUCCUCCUGCAAGAGGCUGAGGAUAAUGAGAAGCUCCGAAGCACGAUGAUGAUGACGACGAAAAGGACACGAUCGAGCACGCAUACAUACAUGAAGCGAUCUGGAGAUGAUGGAAGAGCCGGCCGUGGCACAUGAUGAGGAGACGGACACACAGACGCAUGGGCCGGCUGCAUGAUCAGGCCAUGGGUGAAGGGCGACGGAGGCCGGGUUACGCGGGCACGCGCCUGGCAUGCCAAGUACUCGACCCAUGUACUCGGUACGAGCGCGAGGCUGGGUCCAGGACUCACAGGCGCGCGCGCUCCGGCGGCCACGCCGGCCGGAUCGGCCUGCAGCAGUAGCAGUAGCGGUACUGUUUUGUUGUACUAGUAGUAGUAGGUACAUGCAUGUACUGAUGUACAGUCAGAGGUUCAGGCAGCCAUGCAGUAAGAAAGAACUUGUGUGUAGAUGCUUAGUUUGUAGUUAACCUAAUCUUUUGUACCGCCGAGGAGCUGGGACACGGAUCGUAAAAUGGGGGUGAGACUAAGCUCCAAAUUUGGUGGUCUAUUCAUCCCUACAAGAUGAGUACA